AUGCUCUGGCUGCCGCACCAGUGUCCCCACCAACCAACCCAGCUGUCGCCUCCAGCACCAGGGCCAUCCCAAAUCGGAGAAGCAUCGGGGACGGGACGGGACAGGUCAGGCUUCGACCCCUGCGUGGGGUUUCUACUGACCCGGUUAAAAGAGUUCUGUGGGGAGUUUCUGAAGAAGAAGCUCAACCUCUCCAACUGUGUUGCGGUUCACAGCUUAGCCCACAUGUAUUCCUUGAAUCAGCUGGCCCUCAAAGCUCAGGAUAUGAUCAGGAGAAACUUCCACAAAGUUAUUCAAGAUGAGGAGUUCUACACUUUGCCGUUUCACCUCAUCAGAGACUGGCUCUCAGACUCGGAGAUCACAGUGGACUCUGAAGAAAUCCUCUUUGAGACUGUUUUGAAGUGGGUUCAGAAAAAUCCUGAGGAAAGAGAGAGGUACUUUGAAGAUCUCUUUAAACUGCUUAGAUUGUCUCAGAUGAAACCCACUUACCUUACUCGCCAUGUCAAAUCUGAAAGGCUGGUAUCGAGCAACGAGGCCUGUGUUAAAUUAGUGUCUGAAGCCGUGGAGAGUCACGCCUUGCGGUCUGAGAACUUGCAGUCUGGUAAUCUACAACAUUCCGCUUGUCCGGUAGCGUUGUUGCCGCGUUUUGGACAAAACAUGGACGUCAUUAUGGUGAUUGGUGGUGUGUCAGAGGGAGGAGAUUACUUGAGUGAGUGCGUAGGGUAUUUCAUCGAUGAAGAUAGGCAACCUAGAUCAUAUCUGAAACACUGGGUCCAUGUCACUGUGGAUCAUGGCAGCUGUACUCUCCUGUCGAUAUUAAUGUAGACUUCAGCAGAUUGCUUGAGGAAGCAGCACUCCUGUACUUACUUCCAGUAAGGUAAAGUAGUAUGUGUGUGUAAGGCUGUUUGAAACAAAUCCUACUGUAAUGUUCUUUACCUUAAAUACACUGUACUAAAGUUUAUUGUAAUAAGUGAAUUAAUGAAAAUAAACCUUUUAUUUC